UUGGGGGCUCCCGGCCAUUGUUUACUUCGCAUUUAGUGAUAAAAGUAGUUGUUUUAUGAAAAAAUAAACAAAAAGUAGUGAAAGCAUAAGCCGACAAUUAUACAGCUUUGAAAAUGUAAACAAACGAGAGCUCCUGAAUGCGUGUAAGUUUUUUGUUGGCAAGUUCUCAGCGAAAACAAUUGACGAUCGGAUAAGCACAAAACAAAAUAGUGCAGCCUUUUACUAGUUGAGGGGAUUUUAAUUUUGUAACACAAGCAAAAAAUAUACUCAGACAGUGAAGACAUGGAUACUGCAGAGACAGGCAUAUCUGUGCCAGAUGGCGGAUGGGGUUGGGUGAUUGUGCUUGCCGUUGCAUUGAUUAAUAUGACCAAUACAUACAUACACUCCGUUUUCGGUUUGCUCUUUGGUGCCAAAUUGCAUAGCAUGCAGGAACAUACCUUUACCGCUGCAUUAAUUUUGAACUUGAGUAGCUUGACCUUGAAUUUUUCCGGUUUAUUUAUUGGUCCAGCCAUUAAGGCAUUUAAACCACGCAAGGUCGCAAUUACAGGCAUUUUACUAGUAUCUUGCGGAUUGUUCCUUUGUGCAUUUGCAGGAGAGAGUUGGCAUCUCAUUGUUGGCUACAGUUUAUUUGUUGGCCUUGGAUUCGGGUUAAUUACGCCAGCAACAUUUAUGGCCAUAAAUUCGUAUUUUAAUGCAAAGCGCGGCCGCGCUGUAGGAUUAGCGUUGGCUGGUGCUGGCGUAGGACAGGUGACGAUGCCACACUUAGUGCGUUUACUUUUAGAUAGUUAUGGUUUUCGAAUCACAGUUCUGGCCCUGUCUCUAAUUUCGCUUGUUGGCCUUGUGGGUGCCGCUUUGCUAAAGCCAUUUGCAGCACCAAUCAAACAUAAUAAUCGACAAAGUAUACGUCCAUUGCUAUCAACUGAUGAUGAGAAAGCAAAAACUUGUCCGCCGCAGUUUGAAGCGCAUGUGGUUGAAUCCACCGAUUUGGCAAAGGCGGAAGAAGCACAUAGACGGGAGAGUUGCUGCAGCAAAGUGAGCCAUCGUCUGGUGCAAGCCAUGGAUUUAGAACUGCUUAAAGAUGUGACAUUCUUGAGCAUUAUCAUCGGUAUGGCACUGGUAUACACAUCCACCAUGCAGUUUACUAUGCUGUUUCCGCAGUUCUUGCAGAACUCCGUUGGCUUCUCUUCAUUCAAUACAGCAACUUGCAUGUCUGCUAUAGCUGGCGCUGAUAUUACAUGUCGACUUUUAUUACCCUGCAUCACUGACAAGCUUAAAAUACCCUACCGCGUUGUAUUUCUGUUGGGCACAAUGGGCUUACUCAUUUCGCGUGCUGCUCUAGCCGAAUCGAUGGACAUGGCAACAAUCAUUGUGAUGUCAAUUUUCUGUGGUAUGACAAAAUCUGCAACGGUGUUGAAUAAUAAUUUAACGAUUUCAAGUUACUGCCGUCCGGAAAAACUACCAGGUGGUUUGGGUUUAAAUAUGAUUGCUAAAGGUGUGCUCGUUAUUACUGUUGGUCAAUUACUCGGAUGGAUACGUGAUUACACACAUUCUUACAUACUGAGUAUGCAUGCACAAAAUAUUUUACUACUACUGGUAGUGUUAGUGUGGACGCCAGAGCUUUUUUGUCAGUACAAAAAACAUCGUGAAGCAAAGCGGGAGGCCGCCGCCAAAAGAGAACCGUAUAAAAAAAUGAGUUUCUGCUAAAUUAUAAGUAGUUUUUAUGAUAUACGAUUUUUAGCCAGUAUUAACUUCAUGAACAUUUUAUUUCAACAUACACAAUCCCACACUGAUAGUUUUUAAAUUUGGAUCAUUAAACUGUCAUAAUUUCAUUCCCAUAUUUUA